AUGAUUUCACACAGAUACGCCUGAAUUCCAACAGUCCUCUCUCGAUGGCCUCAAGCGUGUAAAAACGCAUGGAUACGCCCAUAUGCCUGCUUCCUACAUCUGGAGCUGUUCUUAAAGGGGAGGACACCAUUUUACUGAAAACCGAGCCACUGGGCUUUGUCGGGUAAAAUACGUUAUUGGUUGAAUUAAUGAAGGAGCUGCCCUACUGUCCAUAACUUACUCAAAGCGUGUUGACGAGGCACGGAGCACGUGCCCUGUGGUAGUCUUCCCGGAACAGCCAGUCCAGACCUGCCCUUUAACGCCGGCAGCUCCUGCGCCAUGUCUUCACUGUCGGCAUAACACAACAGGGGGACGCUCGGCUUCCACACCCUCUGCGCCCUUCUUCUCCGUGCGCCGCGUCACCACCGGACCUUCUCUCCCCGGCCAUGCUCCGGCUCACCUCGCUGCUCCCGGCCCUGCUGUGCGUUCUCCUGCCGCACCCGAGCCGACCCUACUUCCCGGAGGAGCGCUGGAGCCCCGAGUCUUCCCUCCUCGCCCCCCGGGUCGUCAUCGCGCUCGUGUGCCGCAACUCGGCGCACUCGCUGCCGCUGUUCCUCGGCACCAUCGAGCGUCUCAAGUACCCGAAGGACCGCAUCGCGCUGUGGGUGGCGACAGAUCACAACACAGAUAACACCACCGCCAUCCUGAGGGACUGGCUCAUCAAAGUGCAGAGCUACUACCACUAUGUGGAGUGGAGACCUCAAGAUGAACCCAGUUCCUUUGAUGACGAGGAGGGGCCUAAGCACUGGAAUAAUCUUCGCUAUGAACAUGUAAUGAAGCUUCGUCAGGCAGCCCUGGACACGGCGCGUGAGAUCUGGGCCGACUACCUCCUGGUGGUCGACUGUGACAACCUGCUCACCAACCAGGAUGUGCUGUGGAAACUGAUGAGAGAGAACAAGACCAUUGUGGCUCCCAUGCUGGAGUCCAGAGCUGCAUACUCCAACUUCUGGUGCGGCAUGACUUCACAGGGUUACUACAAGCGAACUCCAGCCUACAUGCCCAUCCGUAAACAGCAGCGUCGCGGCUGCUUCCCUGUGCCCAUGGUGCAUUCCACCUACCUGCUGGACCUACGGAAGGAGGCAUCCCGUCAGCUGGCUUUUUACCCGCCCCACCCCGAGUACAGCUGGGCCGUGGAUGAUGUCAUCGUCUUUGCCUACUCAGCGCGCAUGGCAGAUGUGCAGAUGUAUGUGUGCAACAAAGAAACGUAUGGUUAUUUCCCAGUGCCGAUGCGCACACAUGCUAUUUUGCAAGAUGAGGCAGACAGCUUCUUACAUACGCACCUGGAGGUCAUGGUGAAUAAUCCUCCACUGGAGCCCUCCAGCUUCCUGCCUCUUCCUCCCAAGCAGCCUAACAAGAUGGGCUUUGAUGAGGUGUUUAUGAUAAACCUGGUGCGGAGAACUGACCGUCGCGAGCGAAUGCUAAGAACCCUGUACGAGCAGGAGAUCAGCUGUAAGGUUGUUGCUGCUGUGGAUGGCAAAGCUCUGAACAAGUCUGAUAUAGAAUCUAUGGGAAUUAAGAUGCUGCCAGGUUACAAAGACCCUUAUCAUGGACGACCCCUCACCAAGGGUGAACUGGGCUGCUUCCUGUCGCAUUACAACAUCUGGAAGGAGAUAGUGGAGCGUGGUCUGCAGACCUCGCUGGUCAUCGAGGAUGACCUCCGCUUUGAAGUGUUCUUCAGGCGUCGUCUCCAAGCGCUGCUGCAGGAGGUGACAGUGCACAGGUUGGACUGGGAUCUCAUUUACAUUGGGCGGAAGCGGAUGCAGGUGGACCAUCCAGAGAAGUCUUUACCAAACAUACACAAUGUGGUUGAGGCCGACUACUCCUAUUGGACGCUAGGCUACGUGUUGUCGUUACGAGGAGCUCAGAAGCUUCUCAGGGCUGAGCCUCUGACCAAGAUGCUUCCUGUUGAUGAGUUCCUCCCUGUCAUGUACGAUAAACAUCCAAUUUUGGACUACAUGGAGCACUUUGAACGGCGGGACCUGCGUGCGUUUUCCGCCGAGCCUCUUCUGGUGUAUCCAACCCAUUACACGGGAGACCAGGGCUACAUCAGUGACACAGAAACAUCAGUAGUUUGGGACAACGAGACCAAGAAAACCGACUGGGACCGAGCCAAAUCAAGGAAAACACAUGAGCAGGAGAAGCUGAGCUUCGAAGCUGAGAAUUCUGAUGUGCUACAGUCUGAACUGGAAAACUGGAGUGCACGUGAUGAGCUGUGAUGAAGAGAUGGGGAGAGGACUCUGGUACUCAGAGAUUAAGAAGAGGGACAUAGAACAAAGCUGUGAUGGGAGAGGGAAUAGAAAAGAGAUGCUAGGCAACCUUCCUCUGAAGACAGGAGGUUACAUGUCGACUUAACUCUUGAAGAGUCCGUUGCCGCUCUUGGUUUUAUUUAUUGCAUCCAACACAAACCUCCUGACCACAGCCUGGUCCAGUUAUAUUUCAUCCUUGCCCAGUUGCCCAGUAUUGUUUUACAAGCUGUUUUGGGUUUGUAUCAGAGUGUAGGGAUAAAAACAUAGUAUUACUUGCUGAGCUUAGUCUUAGUGGUUUCCAUACUGCGAUGUGAACUCUGCUCCAGUACCUGCUAUCCUGUCACCACCUGUACUGGUUGUGGUGAUGUCUACCAAAUGAUUUUUCUUAUUUUUUUAUAUUUUCUCUCAAGCAGUGAGCUCAAAAAUGAAGACACAAAAACUAAAAUAUACUGUAAGUAUAUCAUUGUGCAGAAGAUUGAAUAGUUUUGCUGCUUUGCUCUUUUGUAAAGCUGCCUCUCACAUUUAUCCAAGUGAUCAGUGAUCAUAAACUCUAGUCUGUAUAGUUUAGACCAAAGUAACCAGAGUAAUUUAUUAUACAUUUCUGAGGGUAAUACUUGACUCUUCUUUUUUUCACUCAUGAAUGUAUAAUUGUUUUCAUAUGUUUAAUCUUUACACUUUGACAGCAGCAGUUUGGUUUAGUUCUUUACUUUUCUCUCACUGCAUAUUGGAGUUUUACCACAAACGUGCAGCUGUUGUUGCUGUUGUUUGUUGAAGAUCAGAAAUUUAAAUGAAUAGAGAUCAGAUUUUUAUAUUUGUUUCUUAUCUGUGUGCGUUUUAUAAUCGAAGAGCAAUUAAAACUUUUAUAAUGAA